AUGUUGGAGAAGGCAGCUAAGAACAACAAGAUUAAUAUUAGCAAGCUUUAUGUUCAGUUGCUUAACAAGGAAAUGGCUCCUUUUGCUCAUGUGGUUUGGUGUAAUCUGACUUUGCCCAAGCAUCGUUUUAUCCUGUGGCAAGCUACUUUGGGGCACUUAUUGACUAGAGAUAACCUGGUGAGAUGCCAUAUGCAUUUGCCUUCUGUCAUGUGUCCAACUUGUGAAUUGCAGCAGGAAAGCCAUGACCAUCUGUUUUUUCAGUGCCAGCUCUCUCAGCUGGUGAGAAGCCGAGUUACUGAGUGGCUGGGUCUUGAUAUCUGGCCGGUUCAGUUUAAAGAUUGGAUUGCUUGGAUGGUGGGGAAGCCGAAGGGUCUGCAGCAAAAACUGUUGGCAGUUGUUUUAGCUGCUUCAGUGUAUUUGAUUUGGUGGAAUAGGAACCAUUGUCUGUUUAAAUUCUGUUCUAUGUCUGUAAAUAAAGUUGUUUUUUUGUUGCAAGUUUGCUUGAAAGCCAGAGUUGAUAAUCUGCCUAGAUCUAAUUUGAAUAACAAAGAUGUAGCUUUCCUUGAGAACAUUAAUCUCUUGUAA